AUGGGCCGCAACCUCUUUGACUUUAGCAUCGCCAACAGCAGCAACAAGUUCUUUAGCGGCAAGAGCCUCCACGACGGCGGCGACGCGCACCACGACCCGCGCCCCGACCACGCGCUGUUCGACGCGUCGCUCUGCAGCACCGCCAGCUCCUCGGCCGAGUCGCAGUUCGCCCACCACUUGUCGGCCGCCGCGCAGGGCCCACCGCCGCCGCUCGACAUGGGCGACGCCGCGACGCACCGCACCCGCUCGGGCGACCACAGCAGCCGCGGCGACCGCCGGCCACUGGCGUUCUCGACAGCAGCCGCCAGUGCCAACGCCAUGUCGGCGCUCACGGGACUCCAUCACUCGUGCAGCAUCUCGCGCAAGGUCGAGAGCACGUUCGAAGGCGCGAUCACUGUGCGCAUGUGCGUGAGCUGCAAACUGAGCUCCAUCGCGUCGCAGGACGACUUUUACGACCGCAUCUUCUCCGCCAAUGACAAUGGCGGGAGCGUCAACCCGCUCGGUGUCACGACGUCCGACUCGCAGCUGAGCGUGAGUGACAAUGGCGACUUUACGGCAACGGACCGACUGAGCUUUGCCUCGUACUCGUCCGCGACGGGCGGGAAACACGGCAGCAGUGGCGCCAAAGACGACGGAGCGGCUAUGGGCGGCAGCACGAGCACUACCAGCAGCAGCAGCAGCUCGCAGCUCACGGACGCGCAGACACUGGUCGACAAGCAGCGGGCAACGAGCUCGUCGAAUCUCGUCGUGCGUCGCAAAUCGAGCACGUCAAGGGGCACGGGCCACGCGACGGCAGCAACAGCGGGAGCAGCAGCGGCAGGGCCAGGCACGCGCGGCCGUCACGGGUCGUUUACGGCUUCUCACGUGGUCACGGAAGACUGUCCGUGGUGCAUGAACGAGGCCUGUGCACCACUGCACGAGUACUUUGAAGUGCCGUACCCGUUUUUCCUCGAACUCGCAGACCCAGCGGCCAAGAACCAGUACAUUGCAGCGAAGCACUUGGACAAUGAGAAGAAUCGGCUGCGGUCCGUGCGGACGAUCCGGGGCGCGCUCAAGACGAGUCCGUCGGUGCUGCAGACGAUCCUGCAGCUCUGUAACAUGGCGUCGAUCGCGACGUCGAGUCCCAUGGCGCUGGUCGGCCUGCUCGACAAGCACAUGUACGUGCCGUGCGCAGAGACGGGUCUGGGAACGCUCGACAAGAUUGACCGGCAAAAGAGUUUGGCGGCCCAUGCGUGUCGAAAUGGCUCGCCGCUUGUCUGCAGCAACUUGAAUCGCGACGUGCGGUUUGCCGCCAACCCAUGGCGACGAGACGUGCUUCAGGCGCAGUUUUACGCGGGCAUUCCGCUGACGCUGUCGAACGGCCACACGAUUGGAGCAAUUGAAGUGUUUGAUGUGUCUCCGCGAUUCGCCUGCAUGGAUGUCAUUUCGCAGCUGCAGACGGUCGUGCGCGGCCUUUUGCGCAAGUUUGAGGAGAUUUUGGUGAAACGAGCUGCGGCAGGAGAUGAAGGGAUCGCGCACGACCCGUCGUCGUUGCCGGGACGGCGGACACCGAUGAGCGAGUGCGUUGAAGGCAAGUACCGCCAUUCUCGAGCUCCAGCGCCUAGUGCUCCAGGUGCGCCGGCGAUUCCGCCGCCAAAGAAGUCACUUAUGUCGCCACCACAGGCGCUUUGCCACAGACCGCCAGGACCGACAGAUCAUGCAUCCAAACCUGCUGCAUCGAACGAACCAGCUCAGAACUCUGCGAAUGGUCUCUCAGCAGCAGCAGCAGCAGCACCAUCAGCUUCGACUCCGGCAGAGACAUCACUUCAGGCAGCAAUAGGCGGCGAGUCCAACCAAGACGAAAUGGAGAUGCGGCUUUUGCAGUUGCUGUCGCAAAGCACUACCACACAGGAACAGCUGCGCAAUCAGCAGGGUCAGAUGGUCAACGCGAUAAGCAGCCACUCCAAGCAGAUCACCGACCUGGCAAGACAGCUCGAGCGCAUGGAAUCGACUCUUGCUGCCAAGCUUGGCGUGGACGACGAUGACGACGACGACGACGACUCGUCAUUAAACGAGGAUGAGGCAAGUGCAUAG